AUGCCCGACACAUUCACCUACCAAUUUGACACUGCGGCGUAUAAGGGGACCGUUACUGUUCCUCUUGGUCUCUACAUUAAUGAUGAAUUCGUGGACCCAGUUGAAGGGGGGACAAUCGAUGUCGUGAAUCCCGCGACCGGCAAAAUUGUUACAUCCAUUGCGGCGGGUACGAAGGCAGACAUCGACCUCGCAGCUCACGCAGCACGAACCGCCUUCAAGACGUCCUGGGGAUUCAAGACGCCCGGCGUGCAGCGCGGUAAGAUGCUCUUUAAGCUCGCGGACCUCAUGGAGCAACGUAUCGACGAAUUUGCUGCACUUGACGCGCUCACGAAUGGGAAGGCCUUCAAGACGGCCCGUGAUCGUGACUGCACUGGUGCCAUCGCAGUCUUACGCUACUAUGCAGGUUGGGCCGACAAGAUCACAGGAAAGACUAUCGAGACAAACGACAACAAAAUGACGUACACGCGGCACGAGCCUAUCGGCGUAGUGGGCCAAAUCAUUCCCUGGAAUGUGCCAAUGUUCUCUCUUUCGCUCAAGAUUGGACCUGCGCUCGCCACCGGGAAUACGGUCGUGCUCAAGCCUUCCGAGCUGACCCCACUCUCCGCGUUGCUCUUCUGCACGCUCGUCGCCGACGCGGGCUUCCCACCGGGUGUGCUGAAUAUCGUGAAUGGAUACGGGGCUACCGCAGGCCAAGCGAUCAGCGAACAUCCUCUGAUAGGCAAGGUCGCCUUCACGGGCAGUACGCUCACGGGGCGUAAGAUUAUGGAGGCGGCGGCGAAGAGCAACUUGAAGCCAGUUACUCUCGAGCUCGGGGGGAAGAGCCCGGUUGUGAUCUUCGACGACGCAGACUUUGAACAGGCGGUGAAGUGGGCGAUCCAUGGGAUUUACUUCAACCACGGGCAGAACUGCUCGGCCGGCUCGCGCAUCUUCGUCCAGGACACUAUCUAUGAUAAGUUCUUACAGGAGUUCACUGCCCGCGCGCAGGCGAUCAAGGUGGGCAACCCGUUCGACCCGGCGACAUACCAGGGACCACAGGUAUCGAAAACGCAAUUCGACCGCAUCAUGGGCUACAUCCAGUCGGGCAAGGACGACGGCGCGACGGUGCACACGGGCGGGAAGCAAAUCGGGACGGAAGGCUACUUCAUCGAGCCGACGAUCUUCACGGACUGCAAGCCGGGCAUGAAGAUCGUGCAAGACGAGAUUUUCGGGCCUGUCGCAUGCGUCUUGAAGUUCGCGACGGAGGACGAAGUCAUCGAGGCUGCUAAUGACACCAGUUAUGGGCUCGCGGCGGGGGUGUUCACGAAGGACAUCGAUCGUGCUAUUCGUGUUGCGCAUGCCCUCGAGGCGGGCACGAUGUGGGUCAAUUGUGCGAAUCAGACAGAGAUUGCUCUGCCUUUCGGUGGGUUCAAGCAGUCGGGGAUCGGCCGGGAGCUGAGCGAGUAUGCGCUCGAAAAUUACACGAAUGUGAAGGCCGUCCAGAUCAAUGUGGGCAUCAGAUUGUAG